UUUAAUAGUCUGUUAUAAUAAGCUAUAAAGGAAAAUAUUUCUUUUUAUGAUAUUUUACCUUCAAUAACGUUAAUAUUGUGUUUGUAUUUUGUAUUUUAAGUCCUAAACUUUAUUUAAACUAUUGAAUUUAAUUUUUCUUAGUAUUAUUAAUAAUUUUUUUAUCAUAACCAUCUUGAUUAUGUAGCGUUCUUUAUAAUUUAAAUUUGUUAAUCUUUCCUUGCAUCAUGGGAAAGAGGUACCAUUGUGAGUAUUGUGAUAAAACUUUAGUAGCAGCACCAUCGACUAUCAGGACGCACAACAAUGGAUCCGUACACCAAAAACUCGUAAACGAUCAUUACCAACAGUUUAAAGACCCUGAGACGAUACUAGAAGAAGAAAGCUCAAAGAGACCUUGCACUAGAUAUAUUACAAGCCAGUGUCCUUUUGGCAGCAUAUGUAGAUAUUCACAUUACACUCCAGAGGAAAUAAAUAAUUUAAAAUAUUAUGUUGCUGAAAAGAAAAAAUUACAAACAAAAAAUCCAGUAUCAUUUGGGGAUAUAUAUGAAAAAUUUAUAGUUGACAAUACCACACAAGUUACCACAAAGGAAAAUGAAAGUGUAAUUUAUGAUUCAAAUGGAUACACACAUAUUUUGCCAUGGGCAUAUAACCCUAUUUUUGACAAUUACAGUGAUUUGCCACCAAGUAUAAAGCGGUUAAAAAUGUCUGAUUUUGACAAUAGCAAUAUUGUGACAUGGGGUUAAUAUAUAUUUCACAUAAA